CAAUCCUAAGCAGAUCUAGGACAGCCAGAAAAACAAUCGGAAAUUAUACUGAGUAUGACGAGAAACACAGUUUUGAAGUAGCGUUGAAAACACUUACAGAGAUACGAGACAAUCAUUGUUUGCCAUGUUUUUCAUACACCAAAGCCUGGCCUGGCCCAUCUGUAUCUUUUCCGUUUAAGAAUGCGCACACAGAGAAAUUUUUUAACAACAAAGAUUGCCGCUUCCAGGGUAAUUGUCACAGACUUGAAAACAAAAUCUGUUAUUCUUGGAAUGUUGCACUCAUAGCUGGAGGAAAAAAAUAUAUAAUUUUCUCAAGAACGUCUACAAACACCGAAGACAACAAUUAUAUGAAUAUUACCUGUGAUGUCACAGAUAAAUCUAGUCAAAGUAAAGGCUUUAAUGGCAAACAAGAAAGCUGCAAUGGAUCAUCAGCAAUAGAAGCGAAUGAUUUAGAUACAGACAACAGGAAUAAUGAUCAUUCAAAACAAAUGAAAAAACAGAAGAUGGAUCAAGCUUCACAAGCUAACAUGCCUCAAAAUAAAAAUAUCACUGGAAAACAGCCAAGUUGCAACGAAUCUACAGCAACACCAGCGAUUGAUUUAGAAAGAGACAACAAAAAGGACGCUCAUUCAAAUUCCUGGGAUAAUCAGAAGAAGACGGAUCAAGCUUCACAGAACCAAUAUGGCCUUCUCAUGUUUACGCACUUGGUUGCAGCAAUGGUAGGGGGUUGAAUUAUUUUCCUAGUUUCGCUCGUCAUAAAAAUUCGUCAAAGUAGAAAUAAGCCUGCCAGAAAUACUGGAAUUCUAAAUGCCUCAUAUAGUGGACAAGAAAGUGACACAACUAUUCAGACCAAUGCCAAACUAUACUACUGCGAAGAAGCUGUAUAUCAUGAAGUGUCUGACGGAACGCAAACAAUGUCCGUAGAGAAUAGUUCACGUCCUCAUUUUUCUACUAGACAGGCAGUCUCAGAUUUCCCUAAGCGCUCCAAGCUUCCAGAUGUACCCCAACUAAGCGAGAAAGAUGCGUAUAAUUGCUUGACCUCUCAACAGAAGAAGGACGUUAAAGAGUUUGAUGACGACAAUUACGACCACACACACCUGCAUGGUUUAGAUAUGAUGAAAAAUGAUAAUAUACUAUAUGAUAAAAGCGUCAAAGAAGAAAAUGGAACUCUUAAUAUACUGAGUAAAAUCUCAAAUGAAGCAUGUAUUGAGGAGUCGAUGAAACAUGACUAUUUUGUUCUUCAGAAAGAGCUG